AUAUCCAAAGAUCUUGUCUCCUUCCUCUUUCCCUUCCAUUUCCAAUCUCAUUUCUCAAAAAAUUAUUACUCAAUAAAAUUAAAUAAAAAAAAAACAAAAAAGGAGAAAAAGUUCAUAUUUAAAGCUCUCUGCAUCCGAUUUAUUUUCUAUUGCAGAGAGAGAGAGAGGGGGGGUUGAAGAUGAAGACCGGAGCAAAGUUCAUAGUUCUCCACCCUUCACCUCACAAAAAUGGCGUCGCGGCGGUUUCUCCUCGUAUUCUUCUGCUCCUUUUCGUCUCUUUCUUCACUUUCGCGUUUGCCCUCACGUUCUUCUCCGGCAGGGACGCCGCUCCGGCCGCCGGAGCGGCCGCCCCCGCCGCUGCCAAGGCGGAGUUGCCGAAGCCGGUGUUCGAGGCGCUUCUCCACUACGCUACGAUGAAUACAACGUUGGUGUCGGGGCGAAUGUCGCCGGCGGAGCUGAACAGCAUCUCCGCCGCGCUCCGGCGGUGCGGAAACGGGUGCAAUUUCCUGGUUUUCGGGCUCACCCACGAGACCCUUCUCUGGCACUCGCUCAACUACAACGGCCGCACGGUCUUCAUCGACGAGAGCGCUUACAGGGUCUCGAAAUUCGAAGAGGCCCACCCGGAAAUCGAGGCCUACGACGCCCAGUUCACCACGAAGGUGAGCGAGUUGCGGGAUUUGUUGGCCCACGCGAAAGAGCAGCGCGUGACGGAGUGUCGCCCCGUGCAGAACUUGCUCUUCUCCGACUGCAAAUUGGCCAUAAACGACCUCCCCAACCAGCUCUACGACGUCGCUUGGGACGUGAUCUUGGUGGACGGGCCGCGCGGGAAUUUCCCGGCGGCGCCGGGGAGAAUGGCGGCGAUUUUCACCGCCGGAGUCUUGGCCCGGAGCAAACGGGGCUCCACCGCCCCGACCCACGUGUUCGUGCACGAGAUUGAGAGAGAAGCGGAGAGAAUAUGCAGCGAGAAAUUCUUGUGUAAGGGAAAUUUGGUAGAAUCUGUAGAUUCUUUAGGGCAUUUUGUGGUAGGUCAAAUGGAGGCUAAGAGUUUUAAGUUCUGUAACAAGCCGGAAUCUUCAUCGUCGUCGUCUUCUUCCCCUUCAUAUGCUAACGAAUGAGGAUAUUCGCCGCCGUCAACAUCUUUUUUUUUUUUUCUUUUUUUUUUUUCAUUUUAACCUUUUUUCUUUAUAUGUAAAAUCUGUAAGUUACAAGUAUCUUCAAACUUCAAAGUUUGAUUUAAGUAUUCCAAGAAAUUAUAUGAGAAUCCAAAAUCAAAUUUUGCUUCCAA